AUGGAUGUUUUAGUGACUGCCUCACCAGAAAAUGUUAACACCACAUUCCAGCUGGUGCCAGAUAGUGUACGAUUCUACCAUAACAUUGCUGCCACCAUCACGGCUGUCAUCGGGUUUCCUGCCAAUCUGGCUAUAAUUGUGGCCAUUUUCAAGACAAAGUUACACAGACAUGUGGGAACGGUAUUUGUUCUAAAUCUUGUCGUAAACAACAUGGUGGUCUGUGUGACGUGCCUUCCCUACAUUUCCAUCCUGUCAUUCGUUGUUCCGGAUUCCACGCCACAGGCAAUAGACCUGGGCUUCUGUCGUUUCAUGGGUUACCUAGCCUAUAGCAUAAAAGGAUCGGAGUUACUGGGACUCGUGCUUAUCUCACUCAACAGGUACUUGAUAGUUGUUCAUUUCAGCAAGUACCAACAAAUCUACAGCAGUAGAUGGAACAUUAUAAAAAUGAUUGCUUUGUCGUGGUCCAUUUACCCCAUCGUAUUGCUGCUUCCGGUCACAGAGAUCUGGGGCAGUUUAGCAUAUGACCCGAACCGGUUUUUUUGUCAACCCUUCUAUGCGCAAAACUCCUUCAAGCGGUUCCUUCUUCCGUUUGCUCUUCUUACAAGCAUUCCUGUGAUACUGUAUUGUUACGUCGGCAUUCUUAUCCGUUUUUGGGUUAGCAAGGAAACAAUCAAUGCCUUACGAAGUAAGUCAAGAACAUCAAACUCUUCAACUUUCAGUGGAAAAUAUACACGUCGGGACAUGCGCUUGGUAGUCAUGGUGAUGCUUAUUUUGACCACGUUUUUUUUCUUGUACAUGCCAUUUAUUGUCAUGUCCGUGCUGGACCCCCAAAUGAAGAUCUAUAGCCCAGUGCUACACCUGACAUUUAUCUAUAUGAGUUGGGCUCGAUGUCUGGUGAAUCCUCUUGUGUAUUCUAUCAUGAACCCACGCAUUCGUAAUGCCUGUCUUGUCAGCUAUAAACAUGAUUCCACUUCCUAA